AUGGAUAAAUAUUUUCCUAGAUGCAGAGUAUGUGGUGAUAGUUUUUAUGAUUCGGUGGAUCUUUGGAUUUACAAAUGUGAUAAGUGCAUGUACUAUGCUCAUGUGGAUUGUGCGGCAUCAAGAACAGAGCCAUUCAUGUCCAUCUUCUUGUCUCCUUCGGGCCUUGGCAAAACCCUUAAAAAUUAUAAAGAUGCUGAUCAUCUUCAUCUUCUUCAUCUCCCAAUCCCCGAUGAAACAUACAGCCUACUAAAACACUUGUUUUUCCAACAAACCGAUCAUCAUCAUAAAGUAGACGAUUACCUAAAACACAUGAGUCAUCAACAUCCUCUAACUGUAGUUGAUCAAACACAAUGCAAUGGACAAACCUCCUCAAAUAUUAAUUCUUGGUUAUUAAUGUGUCAUGACCCGAUGGAAAAGACCAAACUAUUAUGCAAUGGAUGUCUAAGACCAAUUAUGGCAACCAUGCCAUUUUACAUGUGCGAUGAUAAGAGUUGCAAUAACUUUGCUCUCCAUGAGUGGUGCACUCAACUCCCCCAAAAAAUAGAAAACCACCCAGCUCACCCACAACAUACCCUUCUUGUCAUCUACUCAAAUGUUCUUCCCUUCUUUUUUGGUGUGUUUGAAUGUGGUAUAUGUUAUUUGCCUUGCAAUGGAUUCGCCUAUUGUUGUGUAAAAUGUGGAUACUAUGUUUAUGUUACAUGUGGGUUUUUACCUAAAGAAAUCACACAUAAAUCUCACCCAACCACCUUCUUUCAUUAG